AGGGCAGACCGCAGCAGUGUUUGUUUCUGAAGCCCUGGUAGCGUGUCUGAGCUGGUGCUGCAAUCUUUGCAGAUACCACUCCACGUCCUAUCAUUACUCUGUGCCUUGGCUCUUCCAUUGUGUAUUAUGUCUGCUCUGCACUUACGAUUAGAUGCUUGAGAAGUGUUUCUUUUAUGAAGGGUAGGAGAAAAUAGGUGAAUUACAAGCCUGUGUUAGGUUUUUUUUAUUGAUUUACUUUUAAGAUACAUAAUUAUUUCUGUCUUAGUCUAUGAGUGUUUGAAACUCAAGUCUCUUGAUAAGGAGUCUAAACUUGAUAAGGAGAUUAACUAAGUGGAGUUAGGGCCUCUUGUGACAACCGAGCCCCAUUACUCCUCAGCUCCCCCGUGUGGCUUCCCCUCCCACUGGCGCCUCCUAAGUGUGGAAGCUGGCGUGAGGCCACAGACACCCAGGGAUCCUUGAAGGAAGAGGUGGUUUUUUGCAUUUUAAGUCCUGGAUUAUUGGAGGAAGCAACGGGGAGGUAUUUGUGUGGCUUGAGGGCUAUCCCACCAGCAUCUCUUACUUCACACAUGUUCCCGUAAAGAGCACAAUUCGGAAUACCUGGCAUUUUCCACGAUUUGUUGAUUUUGUUUACAGUUAAAGGAUUAUCAUGACACAUGGCAAGCUCAGAUGUUGGAGAGAGUGAGUGAGGCUCCCACCAGUGACAGGGACUAGGGAUGUCACCUUGGACCAAUGCUUCACAUCCCCCAGGAAUACGACGGGGAGCGGAAUGAGGUGGGUGAACGGCAUGGACACGGGAAAGCAAGACUGCCCAAUGGGGACACGUAUGAAGGGAACUACGAACACGGGAAAAGACAUGGCCAGGGGAUCUACAAAUUUAAAAACGGUGCUCGGUACAUUGGAGAAUACGUUAAAAAUAAAAAGCAUGGUCACGGCACUUUUAUAUACCCAGAUGGAUCAAGAUAUGAAGGGGAGUGGGCGGAUGACCAAAGGCACGGCUACGGUGUUUACUACUACGUCAAUAACGACACCUACACUGGGGAGUGGUUUGCUCACCAAAGGCACGGGCAAGGCACCUAUUUCUAUGCAGAGACGGGCAGUAAAUACGUAGGUACCUGGGUGAACGGACAGCAGGAGGGUGCAGCUGAGCUCAUUCACCUGAACCACAGGUACCAGGGCAAGUUCUUGAACAAAAAUCCCAUCGGCCCCGGAAAGUACGUGUUUGAUAUCGGAUGUGAACAGCAUGGGGAGUACCGUUUAACAGAUGUGGAAAGAGGAGAAGAGGAAGAGGAGGAGGAGACGACAACGAUGGCCGUGGUUCCAAAAUGGAAAGCCACCAAAAUCACAGAACUGGCUCUCUGGACCCCGAUGCUGGCUGAGGAGCAGGCACCUAUGGAAGGGACUGGCCCAGAAGAGGCUCCAGGAGCUGAGGGCGGCGGGGAGCUCUCGGAGGAGGGCCAGUCUCCAGCAGAUGCUUCCGAGGGGGAGAUGGACUCCAUGAGGCUGGGGGAGGACUACGGCGGAGGCCGCAGGGAGGAGGGCAGAGAGUAUGGCCUAGAGGAGUUCCGGUACGACACCAUCGACCCGGGACAUUUUGCAGAAGUCACUUCUGCAAAGGCUGAAAAGCAGAAUGUCGGUGUGGUCCUGUCUAAGCUGCAGAAUGGGGAUGCUAGUGCGGUUUUCUUUUAGCUGCCCUGACUCCGUAUCUUCCUGCUGGGAACCUGGCCCCGACUACCUAACUGUCCAACUCACUCCUAACGCCGGCACCGAAGACAAACUGCACAAUCUGUAUGAAAUAAAGUUCAGCAUUGUAUUUUUUUGCCCAAUAGAUGCUUACUAUUUAUAUUAUUCAUUACAAAAGAUCUGUUAGCACACAGCGUUUCAAAAUAGAAAAAAUGAGUGUGAAAUAUACUCAUGUUUCUUUUCUC